CAGAUUCUGCAUCCCACAUGAGCUACGAAAAUCCUCCACCUUAUCCCGGCCCGGGCCCGACUGCCCCUUACCCACCCUAUGCGCAGCAGCCGGGUGGUCCUCCUGGCCCGUACCCAGGCUAUCCGCCGGGACCGACUGGGCCUUACCAGCCAGGUUAUCAAGGUUAUCCCCAGUAUGGAUGGCAAAACGCCCCUCCGCCUCCAGGACCAGUGUAUGCAGAUGGGCCUAAAAACACAGAUGCGUGA